UGAAUCGAAUAGAAUCGCAUUAAAUCGAAUCGAAUGACCCGAGCGAACUGAAAGCGAUAGCAGAACGUAGAACCGAACCGAACAGAAUAGAACCAAACGGAUCCUAAAGACGCGCGCACGUCAGCGGAAAUCGUUUAUAUGCUAAGUACAAAACAACAACAAAACCGAAACCAAAACCAAAAACAAAUAGCAAAUAGCAAACUAGCAAAAUAGCAAACUAGCGAAGCUCGCGCUCUCAAACAAUGGUUGUUGCUGUUGUCGCUGCCAACGUCGUUGAAAACAGCAGCAGCGCGAGCGGUGACAGCAGCGGUAUCGUUGGAGGUGCCGCCGAGUCUCCAUCAUUUGUCGGUGGCCCACAAGCGGCAGCGGUCAAAUACAAUUACACUGUACAGGACACCACAACAACAACAACAACAAAAACAACAGUAACAGCAACAAUAACAACAACGACUGAAUCGGAGGCGGAGCACCAUCCGAAGGAUACUCACACGGUCACGGAUAAUCAAGAGCAGGACAUAGACAACAACAAUCCCAGCAGCGACAUUAGCAACAUCGCCAACAACAACAACAACAACAUGACGGAUGCGGCGAAAGGAGCCGCAACGACAACUGCAAGCACGACGGGAUCGGAGGCCAACACCAUGACCACCAAGAGCGCCGUCAGCCAGCGGAACGUGGACAUAAAGAUCGAGAAGACCAACAACAUGGAGGCGGCCACCCAGCAGCUGACCAAAAAGGUCCUCAAACUGGAUCUGGGCGGCAAGAACCUCGACGAGUACCCACUUAAGUCGCCAAAGUCACCCAUAUCUGCACGUUUGCCGCAUCAAACAUCGCUGACGUCAUCCGUGGACGUGGAGGACCGGAAGACAUUACGAGAGGCCUUAUACCAGGGUAUAUUCCAUCGCCACCGACGCACCAUCUUCGCUGUGGGCAGCUUCCUGCGAAUGCUGCGCAGCCGCAACUCGCAGUACAACACCAUUCGCAGCUCGUCGGAGGGAGAGGACAUCGAUGAGCAGCAAUUGAAGCAUCAUCCGCAGGAGCUGGAGCAGACGCCUGGCCAAGAAGUAACGAGCACAUCCACGACAUCAUCAUCCGGACAGCAGCGACCAUCGGAUUCGGUUUAGAUGGCAUAGUUUCAUUUCGGACUUGUUUACUAGCCAGCCGCCCAUUCCGAUCGACAGUCGCAUUAUCGAUUAUCGUAUUAUUAACUGCUAUUCCACGAUUAAACGGUUGCACUCCGUGCAUCCGCGACUAGCCAGACUAGCCAUCCGUUGUGUUAGCAUGUAGUGUGCCAUAUAUUAGUUCCGUAACUAGUACUAUUGCCGACGGACCACGACCUGACUCCCAUACCAUGCGAUACCCAUACCAAAACCAAAAUCAACAUUCCCGAGGAACCGCUGCUUCAUCUCAAUCAUUCUUCGAGCAGAUCGCCUUAUUGUAACUGCGAUCCACUUAAGCUUAACUUAACAAAUACUAUGCUAUAUAUGAGAACUAAAAUUGUUUGUAUUGAAUCCCCAUUGCUUAACCGCCCAGCACUCCGUAUUUUAGUAACUGAUACAGUCUACAGCCCGUUGUUGCAUCACUGAUCACUGAUCAUUAGGUUUUUUAAUAACCCCGUAUACAACUAGUUGAUCCCAUUAGUCAUUUAAGAGAAAAUAAAAAUGUUCACCUAGGUAAGUCAGUGCAAUACAAAUUAAGUCCAUACACGUCACUUUGAAUUUUUUUUUAUGUAAUACUAUCAAAAGCGAGAAAAGUUGUAACCCAAUUAUUUUUUCAAUUAAACUGCUUAGUUGUAUUUUAAAACCGAGGAAAUUUAUAAAAUUGAAAAUAAAACACAAAUGCGGACUUAGAGGUGCAAUAUAUACAUAUGUGUGUAGAUUUAAAAACGCUUUAAGACUAAACUUUACAUUUUUUUGUGCUAUUUAUAUUUGCAUGUUUUGCAAUAUUUGGUUUUACAUAGACGAAUGAGAAAUACUGGAAGGAAUAAAAUAAUAAUUUCCUAUUAGCGCAUUUUAAUUAAAGUCUUUUGUUUGUGGUACAUUUUCUUUAAAUAUAACCAAACAAAACAUACAGGGUUUCAAAGCUUAAACAUUACCGAACCUAAUAAUCAAUACACUUUCAACAAUUUAAGUCACAAAAAACGUCAAGAGUAAAUUCCUAUGCUUAUUUUGCGAUAAGGUUCCUUAUCUGCAUUUAAAUAAAAUCAGAGUGCUGGGUAGAGAAAGAGUCAAGAGGUAAUUGUUUUUCUAGCGAUUCUUCAGUUAAUUACAAUCUGUUUUAUAUAUGUAUGUCAUUGACAAUUUGUUAUCAUUCGUAUUUCAUUACAAAGGGAACAAAACUUUUAAAGACACUCGUCGAAAUAAUAUUUUUAAACGACGUACAAACUGAUAUAUUGCGCCUAGACCUAAUAUAUAUGUGUAGCUACUAUAUACGAUUUAUAAACCCACAUAUACUGAUAUAUUUGAAUGUAUAUGGCCUAGUAAUAGAACAUACACGAUUGUUGUUGUCCCCAUAAACCUACUAUAAGUAAUUAAUUUUAAUUUGCGAUCCCAAUCUUAAAAAAAUCUAUAAAAUAGUGUUAACAUAUAUUUUAGAGCAUUUUUUUAUUCAUGGUACCUUACAAGCGAGCUAAAACUAAAUAAAUAGCUAGUGGUUUAAGAAGACAUUUUAUACAGGACAAAAACAAUUGAAGUCGAUUUUUGAAACAAGAGGCAACCGAUAUUUGCUAAACCGUACCGUUCCGUAGAUUACUUCUUAUGACACCCCUUGAUACCGCGAUACGAUUCUUCGAGUUUUAAUUUCAAUUGGAAAAACAAUAAAACCUAAAAUAUUGCUAGUUA